GAUUCUUGAAUUCAAAUGGUCAAGAAAGUAUUCCCUAAACUUAUGUCUGAAUUAUCCCAAUUACCUCACUCAUACUCCAAACCAGUUGAGUUGGCUAUUAUUGGUGGUACGGGCUUGUAUGAUUUGCCCAACUUAAAGCCAGUGGCCAGGUUGACCGUUUCUACGCCUUGGGGCUUCCCUUCUUCUCCCAUCACCAUUAGUGAAAUGGCUGAUGGCUUCCCCGUGGCCUUCUUGGCUAGACACGGCCAACAUCAUGAUCUUUUGCCUACAGACGUUCCCAGCCGGGCUAACAUGGCUGCCUUAAAGUCACUUGGUGUUAAGGCUAUAGUCGCUUUCUCUGCCGUGGGAUCUUUGAGACAAGAAAUCAAACCCAGAGAUUUCGUAUUGCCAACUCAAGUUAUUGACAGAACCAAGGGAAUUCGUCCAUCGACAUUCUUUGAGAAGGGUUUCGUGGCUCACGCCAUGUUCGGUGAACCCUUCGAUUUAAAGCUUUAUAAGCUUAUUAAGGAAGCUAUUCCUGCUCAAGGUUUCUUGGAAGGCUUUGACAAGGAAAACUUAGAACCAACAUUCCACACCAAGGACAAGGAAGACUUGACGUUGAUUUGUAUGGAAGGUCCUCAGUUUAGUACAAGAGCCGAGUCUCAAAUGUACAGAUCUUUUGGAGGCUCGGUCAUCAAUAUGUCAUGUUUACCGGAAGCCAAAUUGGCCAGGGAAGCUGAAAUAGCGUACCAAAUGGUUUGCAUGUCUACUGACUAUGAUUCUUGGAACGUUGAUGAAGAUCCUGUUACUGUAGAAACUGUGGUUGGAAACUUGAAGGCUAAUAGUGCCAAUGCCUGUAAAAUGGCUGAGAAAUUGAUUGAAGUGAUUUCCAAGGAGUUUGAAACUGGUAAACUGGAAAUUGGCGAAGACUUGAAGGGAUCAAUGAAGUUUUCUGUUAGCACAAACCCUAAGGCCGUGAAGAAGGAACUUUUGGAGAAGAUGCACUUUUUGUUUCCUGGCUACUGGCCUAUUCAGUAGACAACUUAUAUAUUAAGAUAUGUAGAGAGAAGUUCAAAGAUCUAGAAAACACAUACUAUGCUUUAUAUGGAGGUCGGAGUACUCUUAAAAAGCUGCUGCGUUUGUGUCUUGAGGUGUUCACAGGUCAUGUGACGAAGCAUAAUACAUUGCAGCCGUCCAUCGCAGGCAUCAAGAAGAGGGAACACAUAUCAAAAUGGAAAACACACAAGUUCAGGUUGAACCCAUGCACACAAAUGUAGCAGCAUUUCUGACCCAUACACCCACAGAAAAAGAUAUUCAAAAACCCACCGAAAAAGGCAUUCAAACACCCACCGAAAAAGACAUUCAAACGGUUGUCUCUACAUUCACCGAAAAUCAGAGUAAAACGUAAACCAACAUGCACAAAAUUACGAUGUCCCUAUUCAGAAAGCCCCAAGUGUGGUCCCGCCUUACCCAGCUUCAGUGGCAUGCAUUGACUCUUAUCCGGUAAUCGUGAAAUUUUGCCCCGAUUCUGAUAAGCAUCAAUUGCGGCACCAAAAAUAUGGCGAAUAUAAAUGGAGCUGCAUCCGACACAAUUGACACAAUUUCCAAAUUUUCAAAGAUUCAGAUUCUUUCAGUUACAUCGUGGGAUCACAAGCCCAAGGGUAACACUUACCCACAAUCGCAACAUGCCACUGGUUGUAUAUUACAUACCCGGUUUGAGAACUUAUGAGCCCGAAAGCCUAAUUUGUGGAGUGCCUUGAAACAUACUAAGUUUAAUGGCAAACACGCCAAGUUUCUAACACCACCGUAAUAAUAUUCCUGGGUAUUGGUUAGUAGUGGAUCAACAACAAAGCCCAGAGUGAAUUAGAAGGUUAAGAAUUUCCCUACCUGCUAGGUUUGAGUUUUGGCAUUGGCGAAAACGCUAACGCUAUUCAAGUUAUGCCAUACAUUCCUACGGCACUAUGGCGGUCCAUUUUCGCCGUGUGCAAUGUACCGGUAUAGCAUAUUGUGCUACAAAGUAUACCCCUUAAUUCAGCCCGACCACAACUCGACCGGAGAUCCGAAGAUCCUGAUGG